GAUCCACCCUCUCGCUUCUUCAAAGUCAAACAUUAUCUUCAACCUUUAUAAGCACCCUCUGCUCUGCUUCUCCUCACGAAAGCUCACAAUAUUUCCGUUCAUAAUUUGCACUCACAACCCACGCGCGGCCACAUCCCCAUUUCUGGCUUAAUGAGUUGCAGCUCCGGCGACAACAAUGCAAGCAGGAGCAAUUGCAGGGACGCAGCCGUCAAGUACAAGGGAGUCCGGCAACGGAAAUGGGGCAAAUGGGUGUCGGAGAUUCGAGUCCCUGGGUCGCAGGAGCGGCUGUGGCUGGGCACGUUUGCCUCGCCGGAGGCGGCAGCGGUGGCUCGUGACGUGGCUUACUACUGUCUGAGGAGACCGGCGUCGUUGGACAAGCUCAACCUCCCGGGGAUGCUGCCUCCUUGUUAUGUCCGGCAGCCGAGGGAGAUGUCGCCAAGGUCGGUGCAGGAGGCGGCCUCGAAUGCCGGCAUGGCUGUCGAUGCGCGGAGGAUUGUAGAAGCAGAAGUGAAGAAUGAGAAGACUGGUGAUGAGCAGAGAGAAAACAGAGAGAUGAAUGACGAGUUCUGGUGGGACUCGAGCGGCGGCGGCGGCGGUAUAUGGGAUGGAAUGAGUGAUGGGCAUACACAAGGAGAAGCACCGAGCAUUUCCAUUGAUGAUUAUUUGAUAGAUCUUCUACAUUCAUAGAA